AUGUCGGAUGAGGAAGUUGAACACGUGGAGGAGCAGUACGAGGAGGAAGAAGAGGCCCAGGAGGAAGUCGCCCCUCCGCCUGCAGAAGUCCAUGAAGAAGUCCAUGAAGUUCAUGUACCAGAGGAAGUCCAAGAAGACGCCGCAGAGGAAGAGCGGGAGGAUGAGGAAGAGGAGAAGCCAAGACCCAAACUCACCGCUCCUAAGAUCCCGGAAGGGGAGAAAGUAGACUUUGAUGACAUCCAGAAGAAGCGCCAGAACAAAGACCUCUUGGAGCUGCAGGCUCUCAUCGACAGCCACUUUGAAGCCCGGAAAAAGGAGGAAGAGGAGCUGGUCGCCCUCAAGGAGAGAAUUGAGAAGCGCCGUGCGGAGAGAGCUGAACAGCAGAGGAUCCGGGCCGAGAAGGAGAGGGAGCGUCAGAACAGACUGGCGGAGGAGAAAGCUCGGAGGGAGGAGGAGGAGGCUAAGAGGAGAGCUGAGGAUGACUUGAAGAAGAAGAAGGCUCUGUCCUCCAUGGGCGCCAACUACAGCAGCUACCUGGCCAAGGCUGACCAGAAGAGAGGCAAGAAGCAGACGGCCCGGGAGAUGAAGAAGAAGAUUCUGGCUGAGAGACGCAAGCCACUCAACAUCGACCAUCUCGGCGACGACAAGCUGAGGGACAAGGCCAAGGAGCUCUGGGAGACUCUGUACCAGCUGGAGACCGACAAGUUCGAGUAUGGGGAGAAACUGAAGCGCCAGAAAUAUGACAUCAUCAACCUCAGGAGUCGCAUCGACCAGGCCCAGAAGCACAGCAAGAAGGCUGGUGCCCCGGCCAAGGGCAAGGUCGGCGGGCGCUGGAAGUAA